UCUUCUCCUUCUGGACAUGGAACCUGCCACAGUGGCCACCGCUGCAGGAGGGCAACUACGUGAUGACCUUGCCGAGAAAUGUCAAAAAUUAUUUCUCGAAUUCUUAGAGGAGUUUCAGGAUAAAAACGGCGAGCAGUUGUAUUUACCUGAGGCCCAAGAGCUUAUCAGGCCGGAAAGAAACACACUGACUGUAAGCUUCGCCAAUAUUGAACAUUAUAAUCAGCAACUUGCAACCACUAUUCAAGAGGAAUUCUACAGGGUAUAUCCAUUUCUUAAUAGAGCAGUGCGCCACUUUGCCCGUGACCAGGGCAAUAUCCCACCCUCUAAAGAAUUCUACGUGGCUUUUUCUGACUUUCCGUCCAGACAAAAGAUCCGGGAGCUGUCCACGGCGCGUAUCGGCACUCUGCUGCGCAUUAGCGGGCAGGUGGUGCGCACGCACCCCGUGCACCCGGAGCUGGUGAGCGGAACGUUCCUUUGCCUGGACUGUCAGUCUGUGAUCAAGGACGUGGAGCAGCAGUUUAAGUACACGCAGCCCACCAUCUGCAAGAACCCCGUGUGCGCCAACCGACGCAGGUUCAUGCUGGACACCAACAAGUCACGCUUCGUCGACUUCCAGAAGGUGCGCAUCCAGGAGACGCAGACGGAGCUGCCGCGAGGUGCCAUCCCGCGCAGUGUGGAGGUGAUCCUGAGGGCAGAGGCCGUGGAGAUGGCACAGGCUGGAGACCGCUGCGAUUUCACCGGGACCCUCAUUGUGGUCCCUGAUGUGUCUGCCCUUGCUCUCUCUGGCACCAGGGCUGAAACCAGCAGCAGAGUGACAGGAAAGGAGGGCUUUGACACAGAUGGGAUCCAGGGCCUAAAGGCUUUGGGUGUCCGUGAGCUAUCCUAUAGGCUGGCUUUUCUCGCCAAUCACGUUGCACCCACAAACCCCAGGUUUGGAGGCAAGGAUCUACGUCUGGAGGAUCAUACAGCAGAAAGCGUGAAGAACCAGAUGACCGUGCAGGAGUGGGAGAAGGUGUUUGAGAUGAGCCAGGACAAGAACCUUUACCAUAAUCUCUGCACCAGCCUCUUCCCCACCAUCCACGGAAAUGAUGAAAUCAAGCGUGGAAUUUUGCUCAUGCUGUUCGGUGGUGUCGCCAAAACGACUAUGGAGGGGACGUCUCUGAGAGGAGACAUCAACGUUUGCAUUGUUGGAGACCCCAGUACUUCCAAAAGCCAGUUUCUCAAGCAUGUUGAGGACUUUGUCCCCAGGGCGGUGUACACCAGCGGGAAGGCCAGCAGCGCUGCAGGUCUCACGGCCGCUGUGGUCAAGGACGAGGAGUCUCAUGAGUUUGUCAUCGAGGCCGGCGCCCUCAUGCUGGCUGACAAUGGUGUGUGCUGUAUUGAUGAGUUUGACAAGAUGGACCUGAAAGAUCAAGUGGCCAUCCAUGAAGCCAUGGAGCAGCAGACCAUCUCCAUCACCAAGGCUGGGGUCAAGGCUACUCUGAAUGCCCGCACCUCUAUCUUGGCAGCCGCCAAUCCCAUUGAUGGUAGGUACAACCGUUCCAAGUCCCUGAAGCAGAAUGUCAACAUGUCUGCCCCCAUCAUGUCCAGGUUUGACCUCUUCUUCAUUGUGGUGGAUGAGUGUAAUGAGGUGACAGAUUAUGCCAUAGCCAGGCGAAUUGUAGACCUCCAUGCCAGAAACAUGGAGUCAGUAGAACGGGUCUAUGCUGCAGAAGACAUCCAGAGAUACAUAAUAUUUGCCCGGCAAUUUCAGCCAAAGAUCACCCCAGAGGCGCAGGAUUUUGUGGUGGAGCAGUAUAAGCGGCUACGUCAGAGAGAUGCAGGUGGCAACACUAAAUCAGCCUGGCGAAUCACUGUGCGGCAGCUGGAGAGCAUGCUCCGCCUCUCAGAGGCAAUGGCCCGCCUCUAUUGCUCCGAUGAGGUUCAACCCAAACAUGUGAAGGAAGCAUUUCGUCUUCUAAAUAAGUCCAUUAUUCGUGUUGAUUCCCCUGAUAUCAACUUUGAACAAGACAACAAUGAGGAUAUGACUGAUUGGAACGAGCCAUUGGCUGGCAACGUGGCGGGCCAGAACGGGGUCGCCGCUGGGUCGGCGGAGCCAGGGAGUAAGCUGGCAACGGCCAGGCCGGCCCUCCGCAUGUCCUUCGCAGAGUACCGCUGCCUCUCCAAUCUGCUGGUGCUUCACAUGCAGAAAAUGGAGCAGCUGGAUGAGGAGUCCUCUGUAACGAAGAGUGAGCUCAUCAACUGGUACUUGAAGGAAAUUGAGAAUGAGAUCGAGUCAGAGGCUGAACUCAUUGCCAGGAAGAAUCUUAUUGAGAAAGUAUUGCACAGAUUGAUCCAUUAUGACCAUGUCAUCAUAGAGUUGACAAAAACAGGCCUGAAGAAAGUUACUGAUGAGGAAGAGGAGCCCAUUGUGGAGGAAGACCCCUUCCUAGUGGUCAAUCCUAAUUACGUAUUGGAAGACUAGAGGAGUUUGUUUAUGGUCUUUUUCACCUAGGGUUUGCUAUGUUUGUUGUAUGGUUUGUACAGUAUUUAUGAAAAUAAACUUCUGAAAUGUU